AUGUUCCCCACUCUGUUUUGUCAAGGUACUGGGGUAGGGGGUUUUGGUUUUGAGACAGUUGACUCGUCGGGUCUGUCGGGUGGUUUAAUCUCGGUGUGGGAUGAGAGUAUUUUUGCCGUGGAAGGGAAUAACAAGCACAGGAAUUUCUUACAUGUUCGUGGGAAGUUGAAAGGGUCUAAUAGGGUGGUGAAUUUGCUGAAUGUUUACGCCCCGCAGGGGAUUCAGGCAAAAAAGGAGAUUUGGGAUCUCAUAUGUGAUUUAAUCCUGUCCAAUGAUGGUUUGUGGGUUGUUUGUGGGGAUUUCAACGCUGUCCGCUUUCGGGAGGAGAAAAGAAAUUGUUCUUUUAAGCCCAGCUGUGCAAGUAACUUUAAUUCUCUUAUCUAUGACGCCGGAUUGAUUGAGUAUGAGAUGAGAGGUAGGAAAUUUACUUGGCAAUCAGAGAAUAGUCAGAAGAUGAGCAAAUUAGACAGAUUUUUGGUGAAUUCUGACUUUUUCAAUGAUUGGCCCGAGGCCCGCGUUCAGGCCCUUCCUAGUUUAUGGUCAGAUCAUUGUCCCAUCGUCUUAACUUCUAAAUCAGCUAACUUUGGUGCUCGGCCCUUCCGGUUUUUUAAUUCGUGGUUGGGGAGAGAAGGCUUCAAAGAAGUGGUUGAGGAAGCGUGUCUUAGCUUCUCGGCGUCGGAGUGCAAUCCAGAUGUGAGGUUAAUUAAGAAAUUGGGGUAUGUUCGGUCUAAAUUAAAGAGUGGAGAGAUGCGAUGA